UACAGUCCACACCAUGAGGGUUCAUCUACUGAUUUUAGCGGUGUUAAUUAAUUUUGUUGCAACUAAAGAUGAAAUUAAAUGUGAUAAAUUGUGUGAUAAUAAAAAACCACGUCUUGAAUCGUAUUGUGCAUACGUUCCCCUAUAUAAAUGCUGGAAUGUGAUACCCACAAAAUGUAACGUUGAGAUGAAGAAAUGUUUAAACAGGAAACUUAAACAACCAGAUGAAAAAUUCUUGAGUGGUCAUUGUACAAACCUGAAGAAAAAACCCCUUUGUAAGGUCAGGGAAUACAACAUAUCCUGGAAUUUUAAUUCUGAAUAAUUAAAGUCUUAGUCCGAGCCGAACAUUUGCAAUAAAAAAAGCCUUCGUAAAGA